CGGAACUGUACGUACACGUGUACCACAGCCAUGAUGUUUGACUCAUCAGGAAAUGAAUAUGAGCCUGAUGAUAGCUACAACUACUACGACCGUGACACUGACCGAGGUUAUAUGGAUAGCCCAACAUAUCAGUCAGACCCAGACAUGGAGGUUACCGGUAGUCUGCUGGAGAAGGAGGAACCAGAAGUAGUAAUGUGUAGCGACAAGGGUGUCGUCAGUUCUCUCUCUCAGCAGGCGGCUAAUGUAAUUGGAGCUAGAUUGCCUUUUGAGGCAGUAGAACUGUGGGCUCAGCGACUAGGCAAGAAAAUGGCCGAAGAAGUUCAGCUGGCUGUCAUGAAGGCGUCGUUUCCCGUUGACAAGGGUCUCAUUAGACGUUACGCUUACCUAUCUCGGAAAACUACAGGAUACAACAAAUUCUCUGAUCUGUUCCAGCAACCAACCAGAAUUACAAGACACACAGACAAUCUUGAGUUUACUGUGGAAGAUGCAAUGCAGAUUGAACAUUCUGACUCCAAUUGGUGUGAGCACGUUGUCGCACUUAUAUUUCAUCGUAUGAAUAAUCCAGAAAAAGUAAAGUAUCGUCUGCCAGUGUCUGAUUCUGUUCAUCUUCUUUCUGAAAGCGAGCAGAAGCAAUUCAUCAACAUACUUCUCGCUCAUCGUCCUUUGGAAACGUUGGCUUUUGCACAAGAAACUCUAGACAAGAUUUUGAAAAUGAAGGACAGCAACAGAGUUAGCAGCCAAUGCGAAAGUUUACACAACACGUUAGUCGUCAACGUGCCAGAUCCAACUGCAGGUGGAGCAGUGGAUGCUGAAGGAUUAUGGAAUGUGGAUGAAAAUGACGUUCGUCAAAUUUCACAAGAAUUCUUUCGCAAUGAUUCGGCUCUCUGUGUCUCUCCUCUCGUUGAUCAAUAUCGAGAAAAGUCUGAAUCUUGGGAUACAAUUUUGAAGAGAGCAACGAAUGAGAGUGAAACAUCAAUUUCUUCAAUCUUUGAUAAUGGCAGUUUUGAAGAAAGCAAAAGGCCGUCGCACUCUUUUAACCAAAAAGUCGAUACCAUGCUUCAGGUUAUCACCGACUUGACAAAGAAAGGUGAGAAGAGCCCAGUUGCAGCUCUCACUAUUAUUACUGAAGAGUGGCUGGAAGCAUUGGCAAAAAGAGCUAUUGGAAGCGAAGAGAUGAGAAAGUACUCCUCCCAAUCAAGCAAUGAGGAGUGCAAUGUCUUCGAAGUAAUACCUCAAAUGAUACCUCAAGAAGUUUACUCACAGAUGCCACGGCAGGCAAGGAACGUUCGAUUUCUCUCAGCAAUUGGAUCUUUCUUUGUUCCCGACAAGCUAGCAGUCAGUUGGAGAAGAGCAGCAUUUGGUUUGAUAUUUGAUGAUGAUUUGAUAUCAUCGAUUCGACACAAACUAAAGGGUUUGGCUCAAAAGCUUGUCAACAUCGUUACUUUGGCUUUGACCAACAUGGAAAAUGAAAUGCAGCGUUUGAGCAGACGAAUUGGCUACUACUCGACACAGACAGAUGAAGCUUUUUGGAGUAAUCUUUCGGAAUGGAACAGAUUCCAACACAUAGCAGACCUCCUCAAUCCAACGGUUUGUGAAGUAUUCAAGGCUCUGUCGAAGGAUGUCAUUUCUGUAAGCAAAUCUCCUGUCUUGCCGUCUACAUCUACUGGAUUUGAAGUGCUCUACACCGGUGCCUAUCUCGUCUUAUGUCUAAUGGACAGUGUAACAAACAAGGAAGCUGCUGAAAUUCUGGCAAGAAGUUGCAUUAUGCAAACUUUCAAUCCUAUUCUAUUACCCAGGCAUCACGAGAACGAUUGUGAUUCCAACAAAGAAAUGGCUUGGGAAUCAGGACACGAAUUGUUUUCUACAGUUGUUCAAUGCCAUGAUAAAAUUGCUGAGUCAUUCUGGGGUGGCAGUUGUAAAACUGGUUUGAUAUAUGUUGUAAAUGUUCUCUUUACUGCUAUCGAAACAAGUUUGUGGGCUUGGUCUGUAAGGUAUACAUGGAAUGUGGCACCUUGGAUCAACAGGUUACUAGCUACGGGUCUAAUGGGCAUGGGAAUGGAUUCCACAUUGAAUAUCGUGAACAUAGUAGCACCAGCAGCUAUGGUUUUGGGAUUGCUAUGCGUUGUUUUGCCGAUAGACACCGAGAACAGUUCAUCAACUGAACAAGCUGCAGUUGCUAGGGAAAAGAACAGAAUUUUGUCAAUAAUGUUUCAACGCAUGAGUGAAAUGAAUGAUGAAAUUCCACAGCAAAUCAGUUUGUUGGCUCCGUUUCUGGAACAAAAUGUCGUACAUCUUGACGCACCUUCUACUGCGCUGCUGUUGCUUCACAGUGCAAUCUUGUUGAAUCCCGAGCUUGAAGUUAGCAGUAGCGAGGAACAAAGACGGUUCCUAUCUGCCAUAAUUGCAGCCUUGAGACAGCAGACGGUAGUCUUAGCCAGUCUUUUGACUGGAACAUCUUCCGUCGAUUUCAGCUGUUAUGAAACUCAGUGUGCUGCAUCUACAAUUAUGGCUUUGAAAACUUAUUUACGAUCGGAGGAAGACCUUAGUCUUGUAUUUGGCUGUAUCACAGAUCCAAUAUUGCAACUAUUACAAGAAGGGAAUGCGACGAAGACCAUCGGCGACAAGAAAACCACUCAAGGGAAGAGCAAGAAACAUUCACAGAAAACCAUAAAUAUUGUGUUGAAUAAUAGCCUGCUUAGCUUUUAUGUCGAAGACGGAUUUAGAAUCGCAAGCGUCUUGUGUGACACCACUACCAGUCACUUCGGAUAUUCAGAGAGUCGAAUAGAUAAGCGACUUUUGCUGUUGAAAUCACCGAUCGCAGAGCUAGUGGAAAAUUCAGAUUUGAGGUCAAGAGAACAAAACCCAAAGUCUUUAUUACCGUCUCCUCUGACUCGGCGCAGAUUAAAGAAAGAGAGACCGAGAGAAUCUACGCUAAAGUGGCAAACUGCAUUAGAUCUCCUGUUAUUUCUUCUGCGUGUAGACUUGUUCUCUGGAGAAGAGAGAAGAAGAGGGACACGCUGUUCACUCACGCUUUUGCAAACUGCCGCUGGAAGAGUUGGGGCCAUUUCAUUUUUAGGGAAACUUUCUGUUGCUAGAGAUUGGAGUAAUGUGAUUACAGCUAAAGAACUAUUGAGUUCCUUCCUGUCGCAAAACGAAUUUCAGAGAUCUUUCUUGUCUCGAAAAGAAGGAUGUGCUUCUGCGAUUGCUACCCUGAAAGACAUAUUUACUAGUUGCGCUGCUCUUCUUUCUGUGAAAUACAGCCCUAAGUUAUACCAAUCAGCAUGUUGUCUGGAAAUAGUGGAUGAUAUCAUAGUUGAUGUACUGACAGACGAUUAUGACUUGCAGCAGAAACUUUCCCACGAGUUGCUCUUUCUUUUGGCUCAACAUGAGACUGAAAAAGCUACACUAACACAGCGAUUGCAAGUGGGUAUAGCUGCAAUAAAUGGCUGGCAGCAGUAUCUCAGCACCUCCGUCAGUUCUCUCAAGCUCAUCAACGUUUAUCUGGAACGCUAUCAAUCCUUAAACCCUGAUGACACCGCAAUAUUGGGAUGCUUGCGUCUGGCGACCUUGGCAGUUCGCGUUGACAACGAAGCGUUACUUCCACAUCAUACACAUCUACAGGCAACGGCGUACAAUAAUAUGGAAGAAGUUUCUCAACUUCUCUCUGUGCUAUCGCAAGAUUGGAUUGACCCAGUGAUUGCAACUAUUGUUCUUGUUGAGGUGUGUCGCAGACUUCAAGAUCCUAUUGAGGAAACAUUACCACAGGACUUUUUGCUGUGUUCGAAAAAUUUUAUUUUAUCCUAUUUACAACAGGUGUUUUGUGCUCACAACAAAUUCAUGAACAGUUCCAAUGCUGAAGAAAUGUUCUGCAAACUCUCUAAUGGAAGUCAUGUAGCCAAAGAAGUUGCUCAAAAAUUAAAGACUUCAAUUGCUACGUUUUUGGUUUAAUACAAAAAUCUUGCUACCAAAUCUACACAUUCCACGAAGAAAGCCAAAUCCAAUACACUUGAUCGAUUACCUUACGUUUGUGAUCUCGUUUGUCUCCAGUUUCUCUGCCGAGUUUGUCCAAAUGAUGGGUUCGAUUUUGAGGCUCUAAUAAAACUUGGAAAUGAAAGGCAAUCUCAUUGUUAUGAUCACGAUUACGAGUACGCAUUUCCUGAAGUCGUGAAGGCAUUCAAACGGCGAUAGAACGCUAAAAUUGCCGCUAAAACUGCCGCUAUAGCACCACAGCCGCAAACGCGAUAACCAAUUCCGGUAAAGUUUUAAUAAAGUUUGGCAGUUGCUCGCUUUUCAGAAGGCAAUGC